ACAAACAAGCUACUUUUUAUGAAGUGUUGGGGGUUCUUUUUGCCGAACCUCCACGCUACAAGACAAUACAAAAACUGAAAAACCCUACUGAGGUCAGCAAACAGUGAGACUCUGUGUGUUGCCACUUGCAAAAGCUAAAUUCCCUUAAUCAGUUAUGGGGAAGAAGAGGAAGCAUCUCUGGGAAAGAGAAACUGAAGAGCCUGAGCCUACAAGCUUUAGUUGUGAGAAGGAGUUGAAAAAAUGUUCUGGUACUAUUAUUGAAGCUGAUAAUGAUGUUGGGAUUGUUUUGACUUCGGCCAACCUCAUUCGGCGUCCUACGGAUGAAGAAUUUGUACAAAAUGCAUUGGCUGAUGAUCUCAAGGUUAUAAAACCUGAAAGGGUUCACCCAGAGCCCACCAAAGAACUUGAGGAUGCUUGCGAGACACUUCUCAAGGGUGAUCCUGUGACCCAGAAACCAUACGCCUAUGGGGGCUGGGUGUACUGGUUACAAAAUCCGAAUGGGGGUGUAUCUGCAACCCAUGACGCAGAAGAUGACCGGGCCAACUCCCCGGAAGAUCAUGCUGAGGCCAGUUCUCCUCAUCCAGACAUGAACUUCUCCAGGAUGACCACCAUCAUCGAGGAUGACGACGAUGAUGUUCAAGUCCUCCACUCCAACCGGUCUCCCAGUAAACACCCUCCUUCUCCUCCUCAAAACCUUGGGAUGGAAGGGGCUUCAUCUUCCCGGGAUAAGGCGAAGUCUCAUUCGACCAUCAAUCUCUCUAAAGAUGACCGGGUUGACCCCAACCAAGUCCAGGUCGAAUCAAAAUCUAAAGAGGCCGGCCAUUCUUCUUCCCGCGUUAAGGACCACAAAAGGAAAGGGUCCCAAAAGAGCUCCAAGGGGAGUAGGAAGAAGAAGGUCAAGUCAUCAGACAGGGAGGGGGAGUCCAUCGAAGAAACCUUCUUAGCCUUGGCCAAAAAACUUAGCAAGGUUGGGGUUAUCUCAGAAGAGAUUGGCUGGUCACUCCUCGAGCCAAAGGACACGGUCUCCCAACUGACCCUCCUCCUUGACUCUGCUAAGUUGGAGAUCAACGACCCGACAAAAAGGGAGAAGAGGCUGGAGGAAGAGUUGAUGGCUGAAAGGGCCAGGCUAGAGGAGGAAAGGGCCAAGUUGGCGGAGGAGGAGAGGAAGGUGGCUGAGCUGGAGGAAGCUUUGGGAUAGGCCGAAGAAUCUGCCCGGGCAAAGGAGCAGUCUUUUCCUGAUGAUGAUGCGACUUGGGCUGCCUGCCAUCACACUGAAGUUGCCCGGUCAAUUCUUACCAAUCCAGAGGACACCAUAGACUUUUUCAAGGUCAUGUAUAAGGAACCGGAAGGGAAGAGAAUGAUAACACACGUCGGGUCUUAUGGGUUCCAGUGUGGCCAAAAGGAAGAGGGAUCUCUCCUCUAUGCUAGACUCCAGAAGAGGGAUCCUUCUUUUGACCCAGCCAAGUUGAAGCUUCCAGCCCUACAAAAGGAAGAGCCAACCCCCCCUUUCUCAUUGCAGUAGGUUAGGUUAUUU